AUGUCCGUCAAGAAGAUAUCAGCAUAUGAUCAUGGUGUCUUCGAGGCGGUAACGCCCUCGCAGUGGCUGAGUCGAAAGGAGAGGCGAGCGCUCGCAAUUCUCCAAAAAGCCUCAUUGAUCGCCGAACAUGCGAGCUUAAAUGGCAGACAGCGCCAAGACAGUGAUCCCUUGGGCGCCUGCAUCGUCUGCCGGCCACAGUCCAGAAUGAAAAAGCAACAACCAGCCGUCGACAGGGUCGCCAAGCAAAAAGGCCAAGAUCAGCAAGGUGGCCGUCUGACGGUGCCGAUUGGCUCCGUGCGAUUCGUCACCACGUCGAGAGGGCGCCAAGAGAGGAGAUUUGCGCCAAGAUUUUCUCGAAGGACGUACGAUGCGCUGUGUGCCAAGGCAGGGUGGAAAAGAAAGGAGUCGCCGGAAACGAGAAACGGGGGGAGCGGGUGGGUGACACGGCCAAGGGCUGAGAGUACCGCCCUCGUCACCUCCGUAUUGUUUCCCACAGACGUAUCGUCACGUCUGAACAUCGGCCGGAAACAAUCCUCGCUUUCGGUGUUCCGGUCUAGCAAGGACGAACUCCUUUGCCGUGACAAAAGCACUAGGGCCCGAUUCCAGGUCUCGCGGUCGUUCGAUGAGAAAAAUGCAACCAGCUACUCCGUGCUCCUGUACAUAGGGAAACAUCCGUAUGCGGAGCCUUACGCCAGCGAAAUGGCUCCGACAAUCCACAAUUCCAAGAAAGAAUCGAUCGCCAUCUCGCAAAUGAUCGGAGGUCACAUGUGCCUGGUUGCACAUACUUCUCCUGAUGAUCCCACAAACUGUAUAAAGCCAGCCCAUCAUCUUGAAGAACUACAUGCUUAA